UGCAUCAUUCACAAUGGCGGCAUUUCGGAUGUUUUAGAUUUUUCAGACCGGCUUUCUGUACCAUUUCCACCGUUUCUCCCGCAGUUAACAUCCAUUUCGUCUGAGAGGUAAGAGAUCAGCCGUUGAGAGCUUGAAGUAACUCUAGGUCGCAUUCAAAAGUUUCCCAUUGGAAUCGCAACGACGAAACGAAGGCGACUUUUCUCGAGAUCUAGCCAACUUCCGGGUCGGUCCAAGAAAACCGUUUUCCGUUGACGAGCUCCAAAGGAUCAAACAUAUCUUUUCCUCGACCUGAAGGGACCCUAUAUAUAAUCAGUGGGAUUUCUUAAGCUGUUUUGCAUAUUUUAUUUUGCGACAAUGACUACGCGCGACCCGAAAGCAGGGGAACCAAGCGCUGCGGCAGAGGGCGCAAAGUUGAGCAUAAAGCAAGAAAAACAACUGGACUACUUCAAGAAAGAGGACAAAAAGGAGGGUGUCGCUUCUUCCCUGGACACUGAGUGCGAAUCCGAGACGACGAAGGAUGACAAUAAAGAAAAGGCGACCCCAGAAAUAAGAACUAACAAAGACGAGAGUGAAGAAGCAAGUGUUUCUUGUCCCGGCAGUAGUACUUCCGGGUUUAAGGCGCUGAAGAAGUGUCAUCAUGAAGGGUGUGGGGAGACCACGGAGAGGAGCAAGGUGAAGACAUGGCUGUGUAAGAAGCACAGGAACAAACUCUACAAGGACACCUACAAGAAGAAGAAGAACGAGCUGCCAGGAGGGAUGGCCACGGAGAUGCUCCUGGAUAACCUGACAGAAGGUUCCGGAGAGGUCGAUGCCCCUGUCAGGCAGUGUAACAUGCUGGAACAGGUCCUCAACGAGAAAAAAUUAACCCUUCUACAGUCUCCAGAAGUCCAGGAAUUUCUCAGACAGCAGCAGCAAGAACUUUGCUCUUCUCACCACGUGGACGCCACCUAAGGUCCAGGGAAAUGUUUCACUGAAAGAGUUUCAACGAUAUUGACAUCUAAAUGAAUACGUACACUGUGACAUGAAGACAGUGCUUAGAAUACAAGACGAUGUAAGAGUGAUAAAUUUUUGCGCAAUGUAAAAUGGCGCCGGCUGGAUCACUUGUCAGGUCGAUGGGGCAGGCAAUUAUAAAAUGAGCGGAUAUUUUUUGCUGCGGAUUUUUUGGAU